AUGGGGAACCACGGCUCGAACCUGGACGACAUCCUGGCGGAGGACAUGCACCACUGGUACAACAAGUUCAUGCGAGAGUCUCCGUCGGGCCUCAUCACGCUGUUCGAGCUGAAGGCCAUCCUGGGCCUGAGGGGCAUGACGGAGAACGCCAACAGCUACGUGGAACAGGUCUUCUUCACCUUCGACAUGGAUGGGGACGGAUACAUCGACUUUGUCGAGUACAUUGCGGCCAUCAGUCUGAUGCUGAAAGGAGAAAUCAACCAGAAACUAAAGUGGUACUUCAAACUGUUCGACCAGGACGGCAACGGCAAGAUCGACAAGGAAGAACUGGAGACCAUCUUCUCGGCCAUCCAGGACAUCACCCGGAACAGAGACAUCGACCCCGAGGAAAUCGUCUCGCUCAUAUUUGAGCGGAUCGAUGUGAAUGGAGAAGGUGAGCUGACCCUGGAGGAGUUCAUCGAGGGCGCCAAAGACCACGACGACAUCAUGGACAUGCUGAAGAAAAUGAUGGACCUGACGCCAGUGUUAGUCAUCAUCGUGGAGGGCCUGAAGGCAUGA